CAACCAAACCAAUCCCAUCUCUCUAUCUCUCUCUAAAAAGGCAGGCAUACAAAACCCAACCAGGGGCGGAGGAGGUUACGCAAGAACUAGAGAGAGAAAGUGUUAAAACAAGAAGGCAUUUAUUUCCUGCUUGUUUUGUUGGGAGUGUGUGAUCAUCAUCAAGCCCAGGCAGAGAGCCCUCCUCCUCCUUGCUAUAUUAGCCCGCCUCCCUUCCUUUGCAGCAGCAGCAACAAAGCUGUCCCUUUCCCUCUCCCUCCGCCUCCGCUCUCCAUCUCUCCGCAAGCCUUGGCCGCCCCCCGCAUGGCUCACAAGAUGGCCGCCUUCUUCGGCGCGGCGCCACCGCCGGCGGCGGCGCUGGUUCCGUUCCGCGAGGACCAGCGGCACCAGGACGCCGCCGAGGAGGUGUACCAUGCCGACGACAUGGAGGACGUCGGCGCUGGCCAUGGCCACGGCGGCGGCGGCGGCGGGCAGGGGAAGCUCUGCGCGAGGGGCCACUGGCGCCCCGCCGAGGACGCCAAGCUCAAGGAGCUCGUCGCGCAGUACGGCCCCCAGAACUGGAACCUCAUCGCCGAGAAGCUCGACGGCAGAUCAGGGAAGAGCUGCCGGCUGCGGUGGUUCAACCAGCUGGACCCGCGGAUCAACCGGCGGGCCUUCUCGGAGGAGGAGGAGGAGAGCCUCCUGGCGGCGCACCGCGCCUACGGCAACAAGUGGGCGCUCAUCGCCCGCCUCUUCCCGGGGCGCACCGACAACGCCGUCAAGAACCACUGGCACGUCCUCAUGGCGCGCCGCCAGCGCGAGCAGUCCGGCGCGCUCCGCCGCCGUAAGGCGUCCUCGUCCUCGCCGGGCCCCGCGCCGCCGCCGCCGCCGCAGCACUACGCGCCCGUCGUCGUCCUGCACCACCACCACUACGCCGGCUCCCACCCGCUGCCGUUCCGCGCCAGCGCGCACGGCGUCGCCGCGGAGGCAGUGGCCGCGCCGGCGGCAGACACCCGCGCGUGCAGCGGCGGCGAGUCCGAGGAGUCGGCGUCCACCUGCACCACCGAUCUCUCCCUCGGCUCCGCCGGCGCGGCCGCCGUCCCCUGCUUCCACCAGAGCACGUACACCGGCUACGACGCGGCCCCGCGCGCCGCCGCGUUCGCGCCGAGCGCGCGCUCCGCCUUCUCCGCGCCGUCGGCGGCGCGCCACCGGGAGGCUCCUCCCUCCGACGACAAGGUCGCGCUUCCCUUCUUCGACUUCCUGGGCGUGGGCGCGACAUGAUCGGUGGCGCCCCCGGCGGACGGCGGGUGUACAGGAGGCGGUCGAAGACGAGAGCCCCGGUGGCGAGGACGAACCCGUGCUUAGCUUAGCUUAGGUUAAGAAGUUUAUCAUCGUCAAGAACGAGGUUAGGGGAGAAGAAAUGAAGAAUGGUGAUCGAUUCGUGUCGUCUGGGUGUGGCUACUCGCUCACCACAGUUUUGCUGCUGCUGCUGCUGAUCACUCUGCUUGGGAAACGAGUUGCAACCAACAAGCAGGUGAGGUGAGAUAAGAUGAGAUGAGAUGAGAUGCCCAAUGUUCAUGCCCCGGUUGUGAAUGGUUGGAUGCAGUGCAAAAGGAACCGCUUGUAAGUUGUAACACAAACCGCAAGGCAAAGGCAGAUCAGAUACUCUGCCGCUUCUUUUUUACCCUGCCUCCUCUCUUCUUUU